AUGAUGAUGAUCCAUACAAUUAUCCAUUUUGCUUCGGAUUGUACUAGCAUUCGUUGUUAUCUCCAACCGGAAGAGGCUAUAGCCAACAAUGUUAUAGCCUUUUUGGAAUUUUUGGAAUUAAUUCGAAUUUAUGGAAAAGUGAAGAAAUUUGUACAUAUCAGCACGGAUGAGGUCUAUGGUGAUUCUGAAUUGGGAAGUGAAGCAAAUCCAAAAACAGAAAAAGACCCGUUGCUUCCAGGAAACCCUUAUGCUGCUACUAAAGCGAUCAGUGAAUAUUAUGUCCACUUAUAUCAGCAAAUUUAUGGACUUCCACUGUGUACUUUAAGAAUAAAUAAUAUUUAUGGUCCUAAUCAAUGGGAUGUUAAGCUAGUUCCGCGAUUUAUUGAAAUUGCCCGGAAAGGAGGUAAAUUCCCUGUACAGGGAAGUGGAGAACAGCUUCGCUCAUGGUUGUAUGUUGAUGAUGCUUCUGAAGGUAUCCGCUUAGCAGUUGAAAAAGGAGGAAUUGGAGAGAUUUACAAUUUGGGCACCUAUGUUGAGCUGAAUGUAAAACAAGUAGCAGAUCGUGUCCAGGCGGAAGUCAAUCGUCAACUAGGGGUUAAUGGAGAAGUAGAAUUUGAAAAAAUUCAAGACCGUCCUUACAACGACCAACGCUAUUUAAUUGACUAUACUAAAGCUAAAGAAGAGUUGGGAUGGGAACCGAAAAUGUCGUUUGAGGAAGGUCUUUCACUCGUUGUCACUUCUCAUUUACGCACCAAAACUGAACCUGAACAAAAAUUGUCUGUUAUAAUUUAUGGAGGUAAAGGAUGGGUAGGGCUUCAAGUUCAGCAAGUACUUGAGGAAAAAAGUAUUCCAUAUGUCUUGGCUAAAUGCAAAAUUGGAAUUGAUUUGGAGGAAAAAGUAAUCAAGGAACUUCUCCAAUUGCGUGGAACUCACGUCCUUUGCUGUACUGGAAGAACACAUGGAGGAAAUUAUAAAACGAUUGAAUAUUUGGAGGGAGGACCCGAAAAAGAUUUUGAAAAUAUUAGAGACAAUCUUUACUGUCCUCUAGCCUUGGCUAUAAUUUGUAAAAAACUGGGACUUCACUAUAGCUAUAUAGGCACAGGCUAUUUAUUUGCUUACGACGAAGGAAGGCACAAAGUUGGAGGUGUACCUUUCAGUGAAAAAGGUAUGUUUUAG